UUUCAAUGAAGCAUAUCCUGUGUUGAUCCUGGACACAUGAUUCUGAGAUUGAAGUCCACAUCUAUAAUAAUACGGAACAGAUUGCACAUUGCAGGGAUAAAACUGGUGAACAGAAUAAUGUCUACUAAAUCACGUGAGCUGUAUCCUGAAAUAGAGCCAUAUGCAAAGGAACAUCUGAAAGUUUCCGAUGUCCAUAAUGUUUAUAUUGAGCAGUGUGGAAACAAAUCCGGGAAGCCUGUGAUAUUUGUACAUGGAGGUCCUGGAGGGGGAACAACUCCACGAGACAGAAGAUUUUUUGAUCCAGAGGUAUACCGAAUUAUCCUGUUUGACCAGAGAGGAAGCGGAAAAAGCACUCCAGCUGCAGAACUCAAGGACAACACAACCUGGGAUCUGGUUGCAGACAUGGAGAAGAUCAGAGUACACUUUAACAUUGAUAAAUGGGUCGUGUUUGGAGGAAGCUGGGGAUCCACACUCUCUCUGGCCUAUGCAGAGACACACCCCGACAGAGUUAAGGCUCUUGUUUUAAGGGGAAUAUUCACUCUCAGAAGGCGUGAACUUAUAUGGUUCUACCAGGACGGAGCAAGUUUUAUGUUCCCGGACAAAUGGGAGGAAUACAUCAAACCUAUUCCUGAGGUAGAGAGGGGAGACAUAAUGAGUGCAUACUAUAGAAAAUUGACGGGGGAUGAUGAGGAAACUCGUGUCCAGGCAGCAAAGGCAUGGAGUGGUUGGGAAAUGGCCACCUCACGGCUGUUCAUUGAUGAGGAGAUGUUAAAGAAAGCUGAGGGGGAUGUGUGGGCUUUACAGUUUGCCAGAAUUGAAUGCCAUUAUUUUGUAAAUGGAGGUUUCUUCAAAAAAGAUGGACAGCUUCUUGCUGAGGUGGAUAAAAUUCGUCACAUUCCCUGCACCAUUGUCCAGGGCCGAUAUGAUAUGGUUUGCCCAGCUGAAACAGCUUGGUUGUUGCACAAGAAAUGGCCCGAGGCUGAAUUCCAUAUGGUUCCUGAUGCUGGACAUUCCAAUCGAGAAUCUGGGAUAGCCUCCCGCUUAAUGGAUGCUACAGAGAAAUACAAAACUCUAUAAAUAGAAAUCGAACAACCUCGUAUCAGAUGCUACAAAUACAAUACUCUAUAAAUAGAAAUGGAACAACCCCUAAUGUAUGCAUCUUAAACAAAAACCAGAACUCUUAUUUAUUCAGUAUUUGUGUCUGCCGCUGCCUCUUAUAGAACUUCCAUAUUUAAACUCUAUGUCAACUUGCUUCCAUGAUGAUAGUUUUAUAAUGUAAUGGAGAGAAAUUCUUUUAUUUAAAGUUAAAACUUGAAAAAGAAAUCAAUAAUGCUUUCCUCUUUCUGCCAACCCUAACUAACUCUGUGUACUUUGUUGGAAGUUUUUGUUCUACAAUUUUCGGUAAAGCAAUACAAUAUUAAAUGAUUGUUUUGCUAUUUUCUAUUUCUCUUUUAUUUGAUCAAUGACUGACCAAUCAGAUACAUGUUUCAUGAACUUUGUGUAUCAUUUUGCAUUUGAUAUGAUUGUUACAUAUAUGAUUCGAUGUGCCAUCAUGAUUCCAUGUUAGAUUUUGUAUGAGAUACUUUGUUUAUUCAUGUGAAUCUUUGAGAUAAUGAAUUAUGAAUAGAU